AUGGCUUCCUUCGGCAACGUCCGCUGCGGCGAAGUCCCCUCCCUCCACGCCCUCGCAGUCUCCCCCAACGUCCUAGGAUCGCACACCAUCCCCCCGAACGCAAUCAUGGUCCGCUACAUCACAGUCCCGCCCACCGGCCCCGACAUCUACGUCAACGAGAUUGCCAGUGCCCCAGACGUGCAGUUCAUGUUCAGCUUCCGACGCCCCAAGGCAGAACUCGGCUCCUUGGCCAUGGACCUGCGCGACACGCCCGGCGGCUAUGCUGCUAUGGGUCGGUUCAGCAACGCGUCUUGUCGUUCUCUGAAUACAUAUACUUGCACCUCUCUCGCCCCCCUGACCGCAUCCCCCUUCUUCUCCAUCCACCACAUCCACUAUCAAAACCCCUACACCAGCCUCAAAAAACCCCCUAAACCCAGCACCUUCUCAAGCAAAAAAAUCACCAUGGUUCCAUUCGCAAGCCCAUACGUCGAAUACUCCGGCACCGUCUCCUUCCUCCACGCCCUCCGCAUCGACCCCUUCAUCCUCGGCUCCCGCACCAUCCCCCCCAACGCAGUCCUCCGCCGAGAAAUCAGAGUCUCCACCAUGGAUCCCGAAAUGCAUCUCUACGAAACAGCCGCCGUAGGCCAGGAGCUGUACAUCUUCUUCUACCCCUGGAACAAGAGGGACUUUCAUUACCUGCAGCGUGAGAUUAGCGAGUCGCAGGCCGACAGGGACGCCGCGGGAUCGUACCUCGACUUGGUGCGCUUGGCGAUGGCGAACCCGACGGGGUUUGUCAAUUUCCAAGGGGUCACGUCGUUGAGGGAAGAUAGUGAAAUGAUGGCGUAUCAUGUGCAUAGGGGUAAUUUUGAGAGGUCGAAUCCGGACAGAGAUGGGAUGUUUAAUGGGGUUGAGAGGAAUCAUGUGGGGGAGUCAGCGUAG